AUGAAUUAUAUCGCCUUGUCCCCUGGUAUGAAUGAAGCUGACAGUGCGGAUGGUCCCCAUACCGACUCGCCCAGUGAGGAAGACACACUGACGCACGAUGACCUUAUCGCGGACGUCGGUGCACAACUCGAUGCUGUUGACUGUGCAGGCUCGUUUUCUGUGUAUGUCCCGUCAAAGAUCCAAGUAAAUCCAGGCCUCGAAGUGGAAGGACUCGGUAGAUUUGGCACUCCUCUGUACGACCGAGACAUCCAGCUCCUCAAACAGAAAACCCGACAAGCGCCGUUUGGCAAAGGCGAGGAGACAAUUGUUGAUACAGCAGUGCGCAACACUUGGGAGAUUGAUGCCAGUCAACUUCGCCUUACUCACCCAGACUGGAAACGGCAGGAACAAUCGAUACUGGAAACUAUCUGCACCAACCUCGGAGUAAAUGGAGGAUCCGGCAACGUGCACGCAGAGCUGUACAAACUGCUUAUCUAUGAAGAAGGCGCCCAUUUCAAGCCGCACAGAGACUCUGAAAAAGCAAAGGGCAUGUACAAAGAUUGUGUUCUUCUGCUUGUUCCGAAAGUGAAAUGGGUUGAUCUUCGAUUGAACACCAAUUACUCGUUGGAGGGCAAGAAGCAGGUCAUUAGAGCACAUUUCGACAGUAUGCACUCGGGCUCUGUUGGCGAAGAAAAGUUGAAGAUUGCCGAGCAUCUGCUGAAGCGGUUUCUGCGAGGUGAUCCUACAGGUCCGUCAUCAUCAUGGGGUCCAGCGCCACAACACGAAGCGUUUUUCUUUGAGCUCCUUGAGAAAUGCGUCCAAUUAGGACUGGUAGCACAGCUUGCCAAGGCUUUGCUCUCUGCGGACCAGAAGAUGGCAGCCGUGAUCAUCAACAAUGCACAUGUGCUCUUGCCACAGGUUGGAUUCGAUACAAUCGCCCCUUGUUUGGAGGCUGCCGUGCAGCAAAGCAUGGAUAUUCAGACAAGAACGGAGCUCAUAUGGCGCAUCGAGGGAGCCGUGGGGGAACAAUCUAACGACGCGUUCACGCAGUGGAGAGACAGACAGUCUGCCAAAUCCUUGGUCAUGCCUCUUGGUCAGAUAGGAAGAGCAGUGCCUAUCUUGACCGAAAUGGCUGUAAGGAACCAAGCAUCCAACUGGACUGAGGACAAGUGCGUGUUAAUACUCUUGCCUGCAUUGAAGGGUAGGAUGAGCGAUGCGAAAAUUCUCUUCCACUUUGCUAGCGAUUUGCUUUCGCGAGCACACUUGGUGCAGUUUCCGGUUCCGCGGGCAGUCGAAACAUACAGGACAUUGAUGCCUACAAUAACACAAGGCAUCCUUCUGCCAGCAGAGGCACCUCGGCAAAAUUACUGGCGAGGCCCCAUCAAUGAGAAUGCAGGACCAUUUGAGUCUGGUGAUCUGGCACGGCUCCUCGGCGAUCUCCUCAGGAUGCAUCGGAUGCAAUUGCUACCAGACGCGAUGCAGCACAUCUCGCGCUUGCAUCAAAGAAUAGCCGACCUGGCUACGUCGACCAUUAUCCCCAACAUCCACUCGAUCCUCAUACCGUACAUGAAGGUCAAUGCGCAACUGAUGUCUUCGCAUGGUGUGCCACCCUCAGAACAGGCUUUUCAGCAGCUCUUCACGAGCCUCAUCCACCAGGUCGUCUAUCGUUAUGUGUGUCAUGAACCACAGCCAGGAAGUCUUACACGAGCUGCAAGAGGCUGUGGCCGCUGUGCAGAAUGCAACCAGCUCGACAACAUUCUCCAAUCAUCGAAGGAGAGAGGGGGUUCGGUCUUUGUGCGCUUCAAGAAGGACAUCGCCCACCUGACUUCCCAGUUCACCAAGAAACACAACCGAUACUCGUAUAGCAGCAGGCCAGACAACAUCACCACAAUACCUCAGAUGCAGAGGGUGCCGUUUUCCUUCGAAAUCACCAAAGUUGAGGGCGACUUCAAGAGGUGGGAAGGCCGAUUCAACGAGACGCAAGGUUUACUGUCAACCAUCGCCUCGGAAGCCAUGCUGCGGCAGCUCCUCGGCCAAAGAUAUGAUGAGCUUAUUCAUUUACAUGGCACGAUUCUUGUUCAGUAUGGUGCUGCAAGCUCCUGUAUGGCAGAGGCUGUUCCUUCGAUGGGCACGACGCAGAAACGGAAGGGCUCGUCUGAGGAUCAGGAGAACCGUGAACCGCCUGCUAAGCGAGUUGCAGCUGGUGAAGUUGUUGACUUGUCUGAAUCUCCAUGA